CAGGCACAGGUCCCACCGUACGUUAUUUCUCCGUUGUCGAAAUUGAGACUGAAUGAAACAACUGAAGGUGACAGUUCCUUUGGUGACAACCGUGCUCGAUCGACUCUACCCGGCUGGGUGAUGGACGGGCAUGGCCAUAUUAUUGCUCCUCUAAAGAACCUAUUGGAAGAAGGGCUGCUAGAAACAUUUGCGAGGGACAAAAGUGGCUGCACGUACCUUCAAGCUAACUACCCUAGUGAAGGGAAACCUGAACGCGAGAUGCUUGCAAAACUGUUGUUCGAACAGGGAGAAUUUUUCACGGCACUUUGUAUGGAUGUGUUUGGUAACUUCUUCAUACAGUGUGCUGUUCAAAAUGCCACCGCACAAGAACAGAGAUGGAUUACAAGUCAUCUUUUCGGCAAACUUUAUCCGAUGUGUAUGAACCGCUAUUCAUGCCGUGUUAUCCAGAAGGUUAUCGAGUGCUUGCCGGAGGAAAUGAAAGGUCUUCUAAUGUUGGAACUUCAUAACAAGAACCUCGUCGACUUGUGCACAGAUCAAAAUGCCAACCAUGUAAUUCAAAAGAUCAUGACGACAUUUUCUUUCGUCCAUUGGCAGUUCAUCGUCGAGCAGUUCAUUCGCAACAAAAACGAUCUGUUCUGUGUGGCGGAAAAUAAGUAUGGAUGUCGUGUGGUGCAGCUAGCUAUUGAGCUUCUAUCUGAUACUGAUAAGCGCCUAGCCUGCAACGAGUUUGCGAACUAUGUGAUUCAACACGUAAUCAAAGCGGGUCCAUUGGCCGACUACCGUGAUCGCAUCAUUGAAGAGUGCCUUUUACGAAACCUCUUGUCUUUAUCGCAAGAGAAAUAUGCUUCUCAUGUAGUUGAGAAAGCACUUGAGUUUGCACCAGCAGCACUCUUGGCUGAAAUGAUGGACGAAAUCUUCGAUGGAUACGUUCCUCAUCCGGAAACGAAGAAGGACGCUCUGGACAUAAUGCUGUUUCAUCAGUACGGAAACUACGUAGUUCAGCGCAUGCUUGAUAUCUGCUGUGAAGCUGCACGUGCAAAAAGGAACGGAAUAAAUCUUCCUGACAUAGAAUUGCGCAUGGAAUGGCUCAACCGUCUCGAAGCUCGUAUUUCACAGAAUCGUAAUCGUCUUGCAAGGUAUUCGUCUGGCAAGAAGAUAUUGACCACACUGCAGCAGUUGAACGAUCGCCCAAUCCUUAUUCCGAAUCCAAUUCGCAACCAUCGUUCGUGUACUCCGGCCGCUGUACCAUCUAAGUAUCGUUAA